AUGACCACUGAGAAGAAGCCUGCAGUGUACGACCCCUACGAUCCGGCCGGUCUACCCGAUUUCGACCGCGAUUUUAUCGAACCCGAUGAACUCGACCGAUUCGAGAGGGCCCUGAAUGCCCCAGAAGCGUCCCCAUUGGUGGCCAUCAAUGACUGGCGCCCAAUCAAUCAAAGAGUCCGCAAGACCCGUGGCCGUCGCAAACCACCUAAACGAAGCAAGGAUGAGACAAGAGAGGGGGUGUUAUACACGGUGUUGAAAUGGCCAUUCCUGUUCACUGUUUUCACAUGGAUUACCGUCUUGGGCUUUGGAUAUGUGCUUAUUCGAGUCUACAUUUUCCUUUAUGAGCAAUGGGUAACAUGGCGCGGCAAGAGGGAAAGACUGCGCCGGGAAUUGUCUGCGCAGAGGAACUACCCAGAUUGGUUGAAAGCGGCCCAGGCGCUAGACGUCCACCUCGGGACCCAAAAUUGGAAACAGACCGAUGAAUACGCUUACUAUGAUCAUCUUACAAUCAACAAAGUGGUGGGACAGCUGAAGAAGGUCAGAGCGGACGUAGAACGCGAAACAGGAAAUGGGCAGAGUGACUCGAGCGAAGUGUCGGCUAUUGAAGAGCUUCGUACGUUAUUGGAAGCUUGCGUCAAGAACAAUUUCGCCGGUGUGGAGAACCCUCGGAUAUACAGCGAAACAUACUCUGGGACCAAAGACUUGGUUCAAGAGUACAUCGACGAGGUGCACGCGUGCAUUGAACUCGUCCAAAACAGCAAGCAGGUUGACAAGGAUGCCAAGUAUCAGCUCUUCAAACACCUCGAUACGAACUUCGGUCGCACUGCUCUUUGUCUGUCUGGUGGAGCUACAUUCGCUUAUUACCACUUUGGUGUAGUCAAGGCUCUGCUGGACAAUGAUGUCCUCCCAGAGAUUAUCACCGGAACAUCAGGUGGAGCGCUAGUGGCGGGCUUGGUUGCGACCAGAACUGAUGAGGAGCUGAAACAGCUGCUCGUUCCAGCCUUAGCACAUCGGAUUCGCGCAUGUCACGAAAGGUUUCCUACAUGGGUCCGUCGCUGGUGGCGAACUGGUGCUAGGUUUGAUACUGUCGACUGGGCCCGACAGUGUGGUUGGUUCUGCAGGGGCUCAACUACGUUUCGGGAAGCUUACGAGCGGACCGGGCGCAUCUUGAAUGUCACCUGUGUGCCCUCAGAUCCUCACUCGCCGACCAUCCUGGCCAAUUAUCUGACAUGCCCCGAUUGCGUCAUAUGGAGUGCAGUGCUUGCUUCUGCGGCUGUUCCGGGCAUUCUCAAUCCGGUAGUCUUGAUGACCAAAAAGCGUGAUGGCACACUCAAGCCUUACUCGUUCGGACAUAAAUGGAAGGAUGGUAGCCUGCGGACUGAUAUACCAAUCAAAGCGCUGAAUCUACAUUUCAACGUCAACUUUACGAUAGUAUCCCAGGUGAACCCCCACAUCAACCUUUUCUUCUUUAGCUCUCGGGGAACCGUAGGGCGACCAGUCACGCACCGCAAGGGUCGUGGCUGGCGCGGCGGCUUCCUCGGCACUGCAAUCGAACAGUAUAUCAAACUAGACCUCAACAAAUGGCUCCGAGUUCUUCGGCAUCUGGAGCUUCUCCCACGACCGAUGGGGCAAGACUGGAGUGAGAUUUGGUUGCAAAAAUUCAGUGGCACUGUCACUAUCUGGCCUAAGAGCAUUCCCUCCGAUUUUAUCCACAUUCUCUCCGACCCAAGCCCUGAACGUCUCGCUCGCAUGAUUCAUGUCGGUCAGCAAAGCACAUUCCCCAAAAUCCAAUUCAUUCAAAACCGACUCAAAAUCGAGAAUGAAAUUAUGACAGGGCUUCAAGAAUCCAAAAUGGGUGGGCGCAGUCUCUCCCCAAUUCUCUCUCGUCGUCUCCACAAUACAGAAAGUGAGCAUUCAGAUCCCAUGGAGGAACGUCUAGACGAAAAUCUUCCAGAGCGCGAAAGCUCCAGCUACAAAGACGAGUCGCGGUUCGUCGACCUAUCGGAUAGCAUAUCCCAAUCAACAGCCUCAUCACGUCCUCAGACCCCGAGUUCCCGGCGGGGGAGCAUCAUGGAGGAAAUGCGACGCCAGUCUGCUGUUUUCUUUGAUGAUGCGGACUCCUACGGGGACGAAGAUCCAACGGUCAUCUAA